AUGGUUAAAUCUUCAACAACGCCAACUUUCAAAAAGCAGAUUAAAUCUUCGACAACUCCAUUGUCAUCAAAGAAAUCUUCUAUCACGUCGUCAUUACCGACUAAAGGCAAACUGAAUUCUACAAUAAACGAACUUUCAACUAUAGCUAAAGCAACUUCACCACCAAAAAAAAAAUCAAAAAAAGUAAAUUCUCUUAAAUCAACUUCCACAAAACAUACAAAGAAAAAUAAAAAUGGUUCAAAUAGUUCUAAUAAUGAUAAAUAUAAGUUGAAAGAACCCAAUGAAAUGGAAAUUGACAAUAAUGAUUUAUCAGAUGAUUCGAUUGAUUUUGGAAUGACUGGCGGUGAUAUGGACGAAGAAUUAUUUAAUUUGAAAAUAGAUGCUUCAACAUCUGAUGAUGAUGAAAAUUCUAAAGUUGAUGGUAGUGAUAUUGAUAGUGUUAUCGAGAGUAAUGAUGAAAAUGUUAAAAUAAAUGAGAGUGAUAAUAUGGAUAUUGAUCAAAAGAGCGGACGUGAAAAUCUGAAUGAGGAACUGUUGGAUGAUGAGGAAGGCAAGGAAGAUAAGUUUAAACGACAAAAAAACCAGGAACCCGGACCAGCAAUAUUACUUGCAAAAGAGGCUAAUGCCCUCAAAGACAAUACGAAGCGCUCAUUUUUCUCGUACAAGAGUUUGAACUCCAACAAGUACUUCGAGCACUACGUGAAGAAUAUUUUGUUCAGAAUGAAACAUUACAGGUUAUUGGUUGUGGAUAAUUUGGAAUCUAUGCGUAAUAAAUACAUUUCGACUAUACUUCAUAUUGCAGGAGACGUCACGAAUAAGGAAUUUACAAUGAAACCUGAAUGCGAAAUAAUUGGAGGAAAGUUGUGA